GCCUCGUUGUGUGGUGUUGUCUGUGUUGUGCUGCUUAGUCCAGGCAGCUGUGUGUGAAUAGAUCCCAGCUCUGAGGCUGUCUUAAAGAUGCGGGACCAGCUGUGGUGUGGAGCAGUCCCACUGAUGGCAUUGGCUUUAGUUGAACUCUUGAACCUCUCCUGACCUCCCGUCAUGUCUUUUAACGAGUGUAAUCCUUGCGUGACAGCCAGCUGACUGGAGUGGGAGCUCCACGAGUGUCGUGAAGGGAAGCGUUGGCAGAGUCAUCCCACAGAGCAUGACGAGCGCUGCCAUUUCAUCCCAGGUCACCUUGCCUGUUAUCAGCUCUCAGGCUACUGCUGUUCCUUCCCUGGCCAGUCCUCUCCCCAGCAGAAAUGCGGAAAAACCAGUUCUGUGGUUAAUUGCUGCACUUCCCUCCACGCCCAUAUGGGUUCGGCUGCCUCCUCCUCCUCUUCUCUCUUAGCCUGGGUGCACUUCGGCCUCUUUGCCCCAGCCUGUUCUCUGCAGGUUCAGGUGCACCAUUAGGCCUGCAUAUUCAUUCCAUUAAUCUCAAGGCUUCUCCUGCCUUCCCAUCUCGUUCCUGCAAGGCCUCCUGGUGGCUCCUUCUCCUUUAGAGUGAGCCGCAGGUGCAGAAGACCCAGGCACCUGCCCGAGGGAGUGCCAAUUUGACACCAUGUCUGGAAGUGAUAAGAGCAUGAAGGCCCUGAGGGAGGUGUGGAGAAGAGCAGAAAAUUCAUUGUGUGCAGACUGCGGGAAGCCCGAUCCUGACUGGGCAUCCUCUACCUUGGGUGUCUUUAUAUGCCUUAGCUGCUCAGGAAUUCACCGGAACAUCCCUAGCAUCAGCAAAGUGAAAUCCCUGAAGAUGGACCACUGGGAUGAUGCUCAGGUGCAGUUUCUGGCCAAGCAUGGGAAUGCUGUGACUAAGGCCAUCUAUGAAGCUCACAUCCCUAUUUACUAUUACCAGCCAACCUACAAUGACUGCCAAGUGCUGAGAGAACAAUGGAUACGGGCCAAAUAUGAACGAAAAGAGUUCACUGAGCUUGGAAAACAGCUGCCUUAUACAGAUGGGGUGAAGGAAGGCAUCCUCUGGAAGCGAGGUCGAGACAGUGGGCAGUUCCAACCCCGCAAAUUCUUGUUGUCAGAGAGAGAGGGGUGUCUGAAGUAUUUCACUAAGCAGGAUGCCAAAGAACCCAAAAUCAAUGUUAAAAUAGAUGUAAUCAAUGCUACGUUCCAGCCAGAGAAGAUUGGGAACCCCAAUGGCUUGCAGAUCACCUAUCUCAAAGACAACAAGACUCGGAAUAUAUUUGUCUACCAUAAAAGUGGAAAGGAGGUAGUGGACUGGUUCAAUGCCAUUCGGUCUGUGCAGUUCCAUUAUCUGAAGGUAGCAUUUCCCAUAGCCAGCGAUAAUGAGAUUAAAAGCCGGCUGACAAGAAACUUCUUAAAGGAAGGAUUCAUGGAGAAGACGGGUCCCAAGCAGAGAGAGGCUUUUAAGAAGCGUUGGUUCACACUGGAUCACCGCAGGCUCAUGUACUUCAAGGACCCUUUGGAUGCAUUUGCUAAGGGUGAAGUAUUUGUGGGCAGCAGAGAGAAUGGCUAUAGCGUCCAGAAGGGAUUGCCUUCAGGGACACAAGGCAACUUCUCUUGGCCCUAUGGCAUCACCAUUGUCACUCCUGACCGGGAAUACCUCUUUACCUGCGAGACAGAGGCUGACCAGCUGGACUGGAUCACAGCUUUCACAAGUGUCAUCAACCAGGACAUGACACCACAGGAAUAUGCAAUUGAAGCCUACUUCAAGUUUAAAUCAUAGGAAGCCAGGCAGGAGCCUUGCUGUAACUCAGCUCUACCUGGUCCUGUUGGGUGGGCUGUCAGAAGAGGAGAGAUUGAUGUCAGAGAAACACGGUGCUCUUGCAGCCUACUCUUUGAAGCACUUUUUUUCCCCUUCCCUCUCCAGGACAAUAUUUUUUGUUCUGGAGCUCAUUUAAGCUGCUUCAAGUCCAAGACUUUGUGAGACUGAAUCCUCAGUGCAAACUGUCUGUGGUGAUCUGCUGUGAUCUGACUGGAUGUUGACAGGCCUUGCCUGCUGACAGGGCCUCAAAAACUUUGCACUUGCUGUGAUGGACAUGGGACCUAGCAUUGUAUUUUCAGGAAACUGCAGGCAGCCUUAUACAAGAAUGCACGAGGGUUAAUCUUGUACAAGAAAACAGCUGCUUUGCUGGAGCUAAUGCUCAGUAGAGGCUGCUGGAGUAGGAGAGACUUUUAUUACAAGAAGUGGCUUCUCUGCUGGUGACAGAGAUGUGAAACAUCUGGAUAUUUGAUCAGUUGGAGCUAUAGUUGAAAAAGGUCACUUAAAAGAUUUAAUCUGA